UUUGAGGUUAAGGUUAAGCGGUAUUUUUUUAAGGAAAACAAAUUUUUAAAUAGUAUGUAUUCUGUCGUUAAUAAAAGGGAUAAUGCUCAUGACGAGGGAAUUUGGAGUUGUGCAUGGGGAAGAUAUUCUUCUGAGAAAAAGAAAAAGGACGAUGGAGAUGACGAAAAAUCGAGGGAUUCUGUAAUGUCAGAGGAGCCACCUACUGACUACAUAAUAACAGGAGCGCUUGAUGAUUUAGUGAAGGUCUGGGAACUACAAGAUGAUAAAUUACAGUUGAAACACAAUUUGGAAGGUCAUUCUUUGGGCGUUGUAUCUGUGGCAGUUAGCAAUAAUGGAAAAUUAUGUGCAUCAAGUUCACUAGAUUCAUCAAUGAGGAUCUGGGAUUUGGAGAAAGGCGAAAAAAUAGCUAAUGUGGAUGUUGGUCCUGUGGAUCUUUGGACAGUUGCUUUCAGCCCAGAUGACAAAUAUGUCAUUUCUGGGUCUCAUUCUGGGAAAAUAACCCAGUACAGUGUGGAAAAUGCUAAUGCAGAGCAGUCAUUUGAAACAAGAGGCAAAUUCACCCUUAGCAUAGCUUAUAGCCCUGAUGGUAAAUACAUAGCUAGUGGAGCUAUAGAUGGAAUAAUAAACAUUUUUGAUGUUGCCUCUAACAAAUUGUGGCACACCUUGGAGGGUCAUGCUAUGCCCAUCCGUUCCUUGUGUUUUUCACCUGAUUCUCAAUUGCUAUUAACUGCAUCUGAUGAUGGGCACAUGAAACUUUAUGAUGUACAACAUACUCACCUUGUUGGUACAAUGUCAGGCCACGCAUCAUGGGUUUUAAGUGUAGCAUUCUCCCCUGACGGUAAAAAUUUUGUGUCUGGUAGCUCAGAUCAAACAGUAAAAGUCUGGGAACUUGGAUCUAGACAGUGCAUUCACACUUUUAAUGAUCACACUGACCAAGUUUGGGGAGUAAAGUACAAUCCAGAUAGCAAUAAAAUUUUAUCAGUAUCUGAAGAUAAGUCUGUAAUAGUUUAUAAAUGUCCGAAGUAAUUUUUAAUAAACUUUUCAUUUGGCAAAG